AUGAUCCGUGGCUUGCAGGCAUUCCUUCACGACCGCGGUCUUACCCAGUCCGCACCGCUCUCGGCACUCAAAGACACUCGUCUCGGCAUCGACCUCUCCGUCUACCUCAAGCAGCUCCUCUCCAACCCUUCCACCUCAGAACCCCUCGUGGCUGCUCUUGGAGGUGCUCCCAUCGCCCUCAUCUCUCAUAUCGAAAAUGACUUGCGUGCACUCGAAAAGGCACGCGUGAAACCUGUUUUUAUUCUCAACGGCAUCCCGCCAAACAAGCGAAUCCGCCCCUUUUCUUACGAAGAUCCUAGAGUCAAGCAGCGCCAUCGCGCGUGGGAAGCAUACGAAAAUGGCCAAGUAGAUGUCACCCACUCGCUGCUAUCAGCAAGCAACUCUCUGCACCACCCAGAUCUAUACCGCGUCAUCCUGCGUGCUUUCCGACAUCGGCACGUCGAUUUUAUCGUUGCGCCUUAUCUUGCUUCAGGUCAACUCGUCUCGCUGGAACGUCACUCGAAAUCCUAUAUCCAUGCCAUCUAUGGCCCGACAGAGGUCCUCCUCUUCGAUCGCGUUGACCGUCUGAUCACUUCUCUCAACCUAUCCGAGUCCACGUUCCAGUUCGUCUCCAAGCAAGCCAUUCUCAACGAGCUCAGAUGCAACGAGGAGCAGUUCCUUGACCUCGGCCUGCUCGCCGGCAGCGACCUCUGCGGCACCUUCCCCGCCCUGCAAGAUUCCAGCUUGGGUGCUCCUCCACCGCAUGCGGGAGCACCUCCCAAUCUGCGUCACAUCAACGAGCUCGUCAAACAGUACAAGGGCGGCUAUCCGCUCGUUGCAGCUUUUGAGGGCCAUCCCACGGUUCAGAAGAUCAACUAUCUCGAUCAGUUUUGCAGAGCUAGAACCAUCGUCAAGUUCUGUCUGGUGCUCUCUGCUGAAGAAGGUCGUGUUCUGCCUUUGCCGCUGGCUACGCCGCCCCCACCAUUGGCGCUCGGAUCGGCACCAGCGCACAUUGCUCCCAAUGGCGCAGGUCCAGCGGCAGGCGGUCCUCCUAUCGGCUCUUCCAACGGCGGCACACCCAUCCUCACUGCUGCCGACGUCCCACUCGACAUUCAUGAGGUUUUCUCCCACCGUCUUCCGGACGAAGUCUUCCUGCACCUUUCCCGAGGUCUUGUCGGCCCGCAGGUGCUAGCCAGCUUGACCUCGGGUCACGUCAUCGAGGCACCUCCGCUGGACAAUGGCGAGAGCGAAGAUUACAGACGCUACGUGCGCGAGACGCUCACCGAAACACCGCAGUCUCCACGCUGUGUUGCCGUUGCACUCGCUGCUUCGGUGCUGAACGGCUUCUGGUCGUCGCGCAAGAUCACUGGCAUCUACUACUUUGCUCCUUCGGCAGAUCACCCAGUCCCACACGACUCGGCAGCCACCCUGCAGCUCAUCAAUCGCGUCAACCAGUGGAACGUCUCGAACCGCUUCAUCGAAGAAGAGCUUCGACGUCAGAAUUCGUCCACAAUCGACAUUGCGCUCUGUCUAGGCGCUACCACGUCGGACCAGUUGGCGAGCCGCACCAAAACCCCGCGUGUCAAAUUGCCCGAUGGUUCCACCUCCACGCUAGAGAAAAAGGACGAAAUCGUCGCCAACACCAUCUGGCGCAUGCUCGAGCUGCGUGGCUUCCUGAACCACGCGCACCUGCACACCCCGUAUGCACGCGCCCUCUACCUAGCCCUCAAAAAGAGCAAGCUCAACGACAAGCUGCAGGAGCCGCUGUUUUUGGCGCUGGAGCUCUUGCGCGGCGGCGCGUUGCAUGCCAAUUAUUUCGGCGGGAGGAGCUACUCCGGUGGGCCCUCGUACGGGGAUGAGGUGGAAAAGAGACAUAUGCUGUUGGUGAUGCGCACGGUGUCGUUACUGCAGAUGACUUUCAAGCCGGCGCAGUGGACGGCACCGCUGAGCCGCGAGCUGCUGGUGUUCAAUUCGUUUGUCAAAAGCACGAGCAGGGCGAUGCGGAACCUGAUUGAGAUGAUCAGCAUGUCGCUGUUGCUGAGGGGGGAUGCACGCAGAAACCGCGACGAUUAUUUGGACAUCUCGCUCUCACUGCCUUUCCAGACCGACGUCAACACGGGCAUGGGUAUUUUGGCCAAGUGUUAUUUGGAUGGCUUGCUCACGUACCGCGGCGGGCCCGUGUUGCCGGACCAGGUGGACGAUGUGGAAGUGAUCGAGGCGAAAGAAGGCGUGUUGGGGGCGCUCGAGGACACGUUCGGUAACGUAAGGGAUAUCAAGCAGGAGCUGGGGAGGAGCUUUAGGUUUUGGUCCGCCGUGCUGGUCGCGAUCGAUACGCUGGAGGGCGAGAAUGCGAUUAGCAAGGAGGUGGUGCAGCAGUUCAGGGAUGCUGAUGCCUGGUUGAAGCCCCUAGCUAAAUUGCCGUAA